AUGGACAAAGGCCAAUUUAAUGGUAAAACAGAACUGUUGGUAUGGCUAAAUAAAAUAUUAGAACUCAAAGUUGAAAAAAUCGAUCAAUGUAGUAAUGGAGCAAUUUAUUUGCAACUCAUAGAUACAGUAUAUCAAGAUAAAAUACCCUUUGUAAGAAUCAAAUGGAAUUCCACACUAGAAUACGAACAUUUGUACAAUUACAAACUCCUACAAUCGGUAUUCAAGGAAUGUAACAUAGAUAAACAUAUACCCGUGGAAAAACUAGUGAGAGGAAAAUACCAAGAAAAUUUAGAAUUUCUUCAAUGGAUGAAAGAAUUCGUAGUAUCUCACCUGGACAAAAAUUUCACCUACAAUCCACAGUACAAGAGAGUUUAUGGAAUCCUCAAACUACUCAUCUAUAAUAAUCGACAAGCCAAUAUCGCAAAUGUUAAAAGCUUAUUGCCAAAGUGGGCUUGGUCAGAUUCAAUCACAAAUGACUACAUUUCAAAAGUUAACAUUACUAUUCAAAUGGAGUCUGGAUCGUCAAAUAAAAAUCCCGCAAUUCCACCUCAAAUUUCAACACAAAGUCAAUCUAAUGAGACUACUGAAAUUUACGAGCCGGACAAACUCCAACAACUGGACUCUGUGACCACACUUAACGAAUCCUCCACAGAAUUCGAUCCAUCAUUUUUAAAUAAAGAGGAAAAAUGCUUUAAUUACGUAAAUAAACUCCAAACACCUAAUAAAACAAUUCAACAUCUUACUCAGCAGUUGAUUCAACAGAAAGAAGAAAUUUCGAUUUUAAAGAAGAAACUUAAGGAAACUAGGAUGGAAUGUCAAAUUUCUAACCUUAGCAAAGACUUUUAUUACAAUAAACUGAGGCAGAUCGAGAUACUUUGUCAGAAAAACCAGGGCAAAUCUGUUGACCCGAAGCUACUUUUUAAUAUCAUGUACGCUAAUAAUUAA